AAUGUCGCACUCACACGUCGGCUGCCACCAACGAAGAAGAAUACUAGCGGUUAUACGCUGGGGAGCAGUGUCGCACUUACACGUCGGCCGCCACCAACGAAGAAGAAUACUAGCGGAAGUGUAAAAAAGAGCAAAUAAAGCACUGGUAUUUGCGCCGCGUCAACUUUAAAAUAUUACUUUUUAAAACAUUUCAGUUUUUGUCACACUACCAAACCUUUCUUCGCCUCGGCCCCGACCCCUGCUACAAGAUGGUUAACCGGCAAACAAGUCUGUGGAUGGGUGAUUUGGAGCAAUACAUGGAUGAAAACUUCGUCAGGCAGGCCUUCCUUGCUAUGGGAGAGUCGCCGUCUGGAGUCAGAAUAAUCGCUCACAAGAUAACGGGCGGUUCUGCCGGAUACUGCUUUGUGGAGCUGGCAGAUGAAGCAAGUGUUGAUAGCUGCAUCCAAAAACUCAAUGGAAAAGUCAUUCCUGGAUCAAACCCGCCUAGGAAUUUUAAACUCAAUUUUGCCUCCCAUAACAAGCGCUCAGACGCAGGGCUUGAGUUCUCAGUGUUUGUGGGUGACUUACCCUCUGACGCAAAUGACUACCAGCUCCACCAAAUCUUUAAGAAGUAUUCCUCCUGCAAGGGAGCCAAAGUGGUCACUGACCAGUAUGGCUACUCCAGAGGUUACGGCUUUGUCAAUUUUGGUGAGGAAAGUGAGCAGAAGAAGGCAAUCGAGGAGUGCCAGGGCACAGUUCUUGGGGGGAAGGCACUCACUCUCAGCGUUGCUUUGGCAAAAAGCCAGAAGACACUAGACACCAGAAACCUGACUCACAAUUACCAGAGCAAUUACAUCCAACCUCCAUACAGUGGUAUGGGGCAAGGUUACUACUCUCAGUGGGGCGGUUAUGGUCAGUACAGCGGCUACAACAAUGGCGGUUACAACGGGGGAUACAACUACAACUACUACGGAUACCCUCCACACAGCCACAUGAUGCCGCCGCCUCCUCCUCUGGGGAUGCCACCCACAUCUGCUGACAUGACAGGGGGUGUAGAGGUGAGCCAUGAAGACACAGGAGAUGGAGAUGGAGAGGGGGAGGAUGCAGAAGUGUCAGUGUCAGAAUGUGAUGUGGAGCAGUGGAACAAAGACUUUAUGCAGCGUAGUGAAGAGUUCUACAACGCCAUGAUGGACUGUCACUGGGAACCACUGGACUCUUUUGACUCGGCCAUACCACUCUUAAGUUGAUCAAUUCACUUCCUCGUUGUCAGUUUAGAGUGAGAGAACUCUCCUCACCACGUUGCUACUCAAGUUCAGUCAACAGCAAACAUUGUGUUGAUUCAUGUUGAAAUGAAAUGAUUAGCGUAUAUUACCAAAUAGUAGCCCGGGCGUUUAUUUCACACCAUCAAUUUUGGAGACAGGCGUUUAAAAGAAGCAGGCGGGUUUUUGCACAAGGCUUUUAUUUAUUUUUGCACCAUUUAUUUGGUUACUAUGGUUACUGUGCAGUAUUUUUUUUUCGUACAAAAAACUUUAAAUGUAAAAGCUUUUGUAAACAUACAAAGAAAAAAGCCAUAGAUCAACAUGGCAGUAGUGCAACAAUUGUCAAAUACAAUACCAAUACUAAAAAUAAAUACACUUUUUAAAUAAAGCAGCCAAAUGUAAUUAUGAUACCAAGUAUAAAAGCCACCAUCAAAACAGAACAAUAAUACUGUCACUUAAAUGAAAUAAAGGCUACAGUAGUCCCAGUUUGAAAUAAAGCAGCAUGCAGGACAAGUCAAAUGAUGGUACCAAGUACUCUAUAAAAGCAUCAAAACAAUAAUACUGCAGCAAACACAACCCCAGUAGUAUUUUCAUCUAAAUGAUGCAAAUAACACACCAUGCUAUUGUUGAUAUGAUGCUAUUGAUGAUAUGAUGCAAAUAACACACCAUGCUAUUGUUGAUAUGAUGCUAUUGAUGAUAUGAUGCAAAUAACACACCAUGCUAUUUGGACAUAGGCGCUUAUUAGGAAGAGGCAGUUAAUUACCAACAUGGGGUCAGACCCCGGGCGGCUAUUAGGACAUGGGCGCUUAUUUGGUAAUAUUACGGUGUUCAAUCUAAUGGGGGGGUGUUUUUAACUUGGGUUGUUCUAAACACCAUGUGUGGACACUUUCUAAACACCACUAGCAUGUGUGGACACUUUCUAAACACCACUAGCAUGUGUGGACACUUUCUAAAGCAACUCUACAACGCCUAGAAAUAUGUCUAUAUAU